GGGGCCCCCGGGGCUGCCAUGGAGGUGCCCAACAUCAAGGACUUCCAGUGGAAGUGCCUGGCGCCACUGCCCAGCCGCCGGGUCUACUGCUCCCUGCUGGAGACAGGGGGGCAGGUCUAUGCCAUCGGGGGAUGUGACGACAAUGGCAUCCCCAGGGACUGCUUUGAGGUCUACUCCCCGGAGGCCGACAAGUGGACCGCCCUGCCCCCCUUGCCCACAGCCCGGGCUGGGGUGGCCGUCAUCGCCCUGGGGAAGAGGAUCAUGGUGAUCGGGGGUGUGGGCACCAAUCAGCUGCCCCUGAAGGUUGUGGAGAUGUACAACAUAGAUGAGGGCAAGUGGAAGAAGAGGAGCGUGCUGCGAGAGGCCGCCAUGGGCAUUUCUGUCACGGCCAAAGAUUACAGAGUGUAUGCGGCAGGCGGGAUGGGCCUGGACCUCCGUCCGCACAACCACCUUCAACACUAUGACAUGCUCAAGGACAUGUGGGUGUCGCUAGCACCCAUGCCCACUCCAAGAUAUGCUGCCACCUCCUUCCUUCGAGGUUCCAAGAUCUAUGUGCUGGGGGGACGACAGUCCAAGUAUGCAGUCAACGCCUUUGAGGUCUUCGACAUUGAGACUCGCUCCUGGACCAAGUUCCCCAACAUUCCCUGUAAAAGGGCCUUCUCCAGCUUUGUGACCCUAGACGACUGCUUGUACAGCCUGGGAGGCCUGCGGCAGGGUCGGCUCUACCGGCAGCCCAAGUUCCUCCGGACCAUGGACGUGUUUGACAUGGAACAGGGGGGAUGGCUGAAGAUGGACCGCUCCUUCUUCCUCAAGAAGCGGCGGGCAGACUUUGUGGCUGGCUCUCUGAGUGGACGGGUCAUAGUGGCCGGAGGACUUGGGAACCAGCCCACUGUCCUGGAGACCGCAGAGGCGUUCCACCCGGGGAAGAACAAAUGGGAGGUGCUCCCAGCCAUGCCCACACCCCGCUGUGCCUGCUCCAGCAUUGUCAUCAAGAACUGCCUGCUGGCUGUGGGGGGUGUCAACCAGGGUCUGAGUGACGCGGUAGAAGCCCUGUGUGUCUCUGACUCCUAGCUGUCCCGGGCCCAGUGCCUUUGCUCGGGACCCGAUCACCUGACUCUUGACAAAAGGAAUGAAUGGUCUUGUCAAAGCGGUUUGAGCUACUUCCCAGAGUCCAGCUCCUAUCAGCAGCCAGUGGGGCCGAGCUCUGGGGCUUGAGUGACCUCCCUCCGCCUCCUAAUGCUACCAAUCCUAGGAAACUGUAAGAAGCCCCGAUGACGGCCAGCCCCUGGCUGGAAUUCAGCAGACCUCCGAGGAGACGCCUCCCUCACUUACUGCUCAGGCAGAGAAAUGCACAGGAGUAUCUGCUACCUGCCCUCUCUGAGUCCCGCCCCUCCCCGUCUCCUGGGGGGUUCUGACCCAGAGGAUGAGCUGCUACCGCUGUCCUUUCCCCAGCUCUCAACUAGUCUGAGGGUCUCUCAGGAUGGAAAAUGGAGAAGGGUUGGGGGUUCCCAAAUGCCUCUCUCCCUUGGUCUACGUCCCUUCCCCACGUGGUGGUCAGCGGUGAGCCUGUUCUGGACUUCAUCUACUCAACAAGGACUGGCCUUAGAGCUAGAGGCGGAUGGAUUGGCAGGAAGCCGUAGACUGACCCCUGUCGGCAGCCUGGGCCAGGAAGGACCCCGGCCUCUCCAGGGCCCUUGACGGGAAUGCGAUGCUGGGGAAAGCUCUGACCCCCACUCCUCUCCUCACUCUGUUUCUCCUCCUGCCACCCCCUCCCUUUUGUCACCAAUAGCCCCAGAAACCUCAUUUACACUGUGGCAUCAAAAUCCACAAAGGAUGGAUCAAUUGCACU